AUGAAGGUGAAGAUCACGAGCUCCAAGAUCGUGAAGCCGGCUCACGGCGGCGACGGCGUGGCGCCGCCGAGCGCCGACGAGAGCGUGCCGCUGAGCGUGUUCGACAAGGUGACGUACGACGUGCACAUUGCCGUCAUCUACGCGUUCCGGCCGCCGAACCCGCCGAACGCGGCGCUGGAGCAGGGGCUGGCGCGGGCGCUGGCCGUGUACCGCGAGUGGGCGGGGCGUCUCGGCGACGGGCCCGACGGCCGGCCGGCCGUGCUGCUGAACGACGCCGGCGCGCGGCUCGUGGAGGCCGCCGUGGACGCGCCGCUGGCCACGUCGAUGCCGUUCAAGCCGUCUCCCGAGCUGCUGCGGCUGCACCCCAGCAUCGUCGGCGACGGCCACGUGGAGGAGCUGGUGCAGGUGCAGCUGACGCGCUUCGCGUGCGGGUCGCUGGUGGUCGGGUUCACGGCGCACCACCGCGUCGCGGACGGCCAGGCCACGGGCAACUUCCUCGUGGCGUGGGGCCUCGCGACGCGCCGGCUGCCCGUGGAGCCGCUCCCCGUCUGCGACCGCGCCACCCGGUUCCAGCCGCGGGACACGCCGCUGGUGGAGUUCCCGCACCGCGACACCGAGUACUACCUGCCCGCCAAGAAGCGCGGCAGCGACGACGACGAGGACGACAUCGGCGGCGUGGCCCACAACAAGAUCAAGGUCCACAAGGUGCUGUUCACCAAGGAGUUCGUGGCGCGACUCAAGGCGCGGGCCUCGUCGGGCGUCCCGCCGCCGCCGACGCAUCAUCAUCAUCACCGGCGCGGGCACUACAGCACCUUCGAGAGCGUGGUGGGGCACCUGUGGCGCGCGGUGACCGCGGCGCGGGGGCUGGGCGCCGGCGAGACCACCAGGCUGCGCAUCUCCGUGAACGGGCGGACGCGGAUGCGUCCCCCCGUGCCGCCCACCUACUUCGGCAACAUGGUGCUGUGGGCGUUCCCGCGGUGCGACGCCGGGGACCUGGUGUCCCGCCCCGUGCAGCACGCCGCCGACCUGAUCCGCCGCGCCGUGUCGCGCGUGGACGACGCCUACUUCCGGUCCUUUGUCGACUUCGCGUCGUCGGGCGCGGUGGAGCGCGAGGGGCUGGCGCCCACCGCCGACGAGUCGCAGGUGGUGAUGUGCCCGGACCUGGAGGUGGACAGCUGGCUGGGGAUCAGCUUCUACGACCUGGACUUCGGCGGCGGGUGCCCGUUGUACUUCAUGCCGUCGUACCUGCCCAUGGAGGGCACCAUGUUCCUGCUGCCCUCCUUCCUCGUCGACGGCGGGAUCGAGGCCUACGUGUCGCUCUUCGAGGGCCACCUCGAGGAGUUCAAGCGGAUAUGCUACAAUAUCGCCUGA